UACAAACUUUACAUCUCUUAGAUCGUUAGAUUAAUCAGUACACAAUGGUAUUGUCGCACUGAUGACAUCCAAAAAAGGAUUGUUCCUGCCGAGCAACCUUUCCCCUUUCAACCUCUCAACUCUGGAGACCCGUAUUACAAGUUUACGUCGCCUGGCGGCUUGAACAUGGCCAACCGAAAAACCAGUGGGCAGAUCCAAUCCCUCAGCCAGCCAUUGUAUACAUCGGCCGGAAACUUGAGGGAGCAAAUUGGGCAGCAAGCGGUCGCCAUUGCGAAACUUUAUAGGCAUAUUUAUGACGAGACCACACAAAAGUCUCGAGGGGACGUCAUGACCUUCCCCAGAAACUACCAGGAUUGGGAGUUCAAAAAUAUCUUGUCGGAAUCUGCAUUCAAUUACUUUCAAGCCGAUGAGGCCAUCCGCAUGAUUCAAUUUGGGCUGGACGGGAGGACACCUAACUACCAACCGAAGGGGGGCUUUUUGAGUUCCUGUAAACGUUACUUGUAUGAUGCGAUUGGGCUGGGGCUCUCGGAAGCAGGAUACCUUCCCGACCGCUCUGACGGCUGUAUCCAAGACGACGAAGUUGAGGAAGCCGCUGAAAAUGCUAUGGAUCAACUCAUCAAACCAUACUUGAACCUGUUCAAAGCAGUUCAGAAAGGAUACGACCUAGUCUUUGGCGACAAAACGUCCAUGGGAUUCCUUUGUGGAAUGAGUGAGAUUAUCAAGAAGAAAGGAUACAGCAAGUGGCCCGGAACUUGCUGUUUGAGCGCCCCGUUCGAAAAUGUGGAUGGCACUUGGGGUCGCAAUCAUGAUUGUAACACGCAAUGUCAAGUCCCCGGUCCAGUGCUGGCUGGGUUGAGCGAGGAGUCGUGCUCUGCAAAUGGCGGCACGUGGUGCCCCCGCCCAGCUGAUUGCAGGAUCCUUCAGGAGUGUCUACAGUCUGCUUAUGACGACGCAGAGGCCAAUGGGAAGCUCGCAUUUGCCCUCUACCUGGAACCAGGCUUGGUGGAGGAUCCGCUUAACUUUGGAAACUGCUCUCAUUCACGCGAGUACUUUGGGUAUGACGAGCUGUACACGAACGGUGAGGACGUCUGCGAGAACGUUUUGCAGCUCCACAACAACGAGAACUUUGCCUUCUUGGAUGAAUUCUUCAACCAAGGAAGCGGUGUUACUAGCGGGUGUGGUGGCAAUGUCGAGUUUGAGGCUCUGAAACCUCCAGAUCGAUCCCGGUCUGAAUCCACUGGGGUUCAGACAGGCGAGAAAUGGGAAAAGGCAGAUUUCAGCAUGAAUGUGAUUAUGGAUACAACGGAGGCGCUAAUGGAAGCAGCAGCAGCAAUCAAGUGUCCGGACGAUGUGACGGGUGCAGCCCAAACAUCGUGUGCAGCCAUGUUGAAUGUCUACUAUCCUGUCAUUCAAAUUGUCUACACGGCAAUUCGUGCCACGUUUGCGAUCUCUGCUUUUACUCGUGAAAAUCUUGCUGAAGAAUCCUAUGAGGAAGCCAUGGUUUCCGUUGAGGAUAUUUCUGCAGUCUAUGACAACAUGGAAGCGAUGAAUGGGAACUUGGAGAAGUUGUACAAUGGCCUCAAUACCGAGAUCCAAACCCAGUGCGGUUCCCGUCGUAGGCAGCUCGCCGAUUUGUCAGGUGCAGAUGACGAGCUGGAUGUGGGCGCAGAGUUGUUGGCCUUGAAGAGGCAGAAUGAAGCAAUGGCUUCAGAAGCGUCUGCACUCAAUUCCAAGCUGGAUGAUGUGAAUUCCAAGCUGGAUAUGCAGCAGAAGCAGAUGACUUUGUUGCAGAACAUGCUUCAGGAUGUGAUGAUUGCAGUGAAGAAAGGAGAGGGAGUCACACCCGAGGCCGAGGCUCGAGUCAGCUACUAGAUGUGAACACUGGCAGGUGACGAACGACUUGCGGUGCGGGCUCCGGCAAUGGACUUCGACUUCGGUGGUGGUUGGCCUACCGGUAUCUGAACCUGACUCCCUGUCCUCAUUCGUGCAUAAAAUAUCUUUGUGGACUGGUACCAGAACAUGUAAAUAGAUCCGCGACCGCUCUUUUU